CAAUCAAAUGAAAGGAACAUAAUCGUCGUUACCGUAGCACAUUAGUUCUAUUUUUCUAAUAUGUUAUAGUCAGACAUCGCAUAGCAUUCAAAAAGACUUGUAAAACAUAGCAUUUUUAUAGUAAAAUUUGGCUUCAAUUCGGUACUUUCUGCAAUCUGGCAAAGCCAAAUAGAACUGCGAGAGAAUUAAUUACAGCUAGGAAGACAUUCUCUAAACUUGUAUCUUCUUAUUUUAAGGUUGACUAAAGGCAUAUUCUGCACACUGCAAAUACUACAAAAAGCCGUAGAUCUUUGAUUCUUUACUUGCGCAACGAAAAACUCUAUGGAAAUGAAUGUCUUGAGCAUCACGUCGAACCCCGGAUAGCGAAAGAUUUUGUGGAACAUAGGCUAGCAAUCUCGCACACCCGCUUCUUCCGUUUCGAAAUUCCGCCAUCUUCUAGCAUGCAAUAGCGGUAACUCGAAAAACAGCUGGACCCUGUUGAUGUUGUAUCGUAUUGUUGUCACUACAUAUGGUUUUGGAAUCUGAACGCACUGGGUAUAUCGUAGCGGUGGACCCUGUCCAGUUUGACGUUGACGGGUGAUUGCAGGAGAGCCCUAAUUCGCGUUAGGUAGCGCAGCUGUGUGGAGAAAAGAACCAAGGAAUGCUAUUGUGGAAUUUGCUUCUCUUUUCAUGCGCUAGCCAUUUCUCCUCCGGCUUCUGCAUAUAAAUUUAUUCAAGAUUUCGUCUCUCAAAUGUUUCUUGGUGGUUAGUUGCGUUUUGACGUUUGCCUUCAGUUCGUUGUUGUAAAUGUUUUUCACCAUCAGCCGUAUACAUCUUGAGAUCCGGGAGAGGGGACAGCAGAGGUUUAAAUUUCACUAGAACUUGAAGCCACGCACACCGUCUGGACUACUCGAGAAACUGGGCAACGAGUGACAGGAAGAGCCUAUAGAAGAAAUCCUCGACUGUACAAAUCGACAAAAAGUAUAAGUGAUGUAAGCAUUGAACAAAGAUCACUGUUACUUGGAAUACAUACGUCUAGCAGAAUAUUUGGCAACGCAUAUGACAGCGGGGCGUACAGAUGUCAGCUUUUGUGGGUGGACAACCGGAGGUACACAGCGCGUUUCGGUCUGCAGUGCUGUGGUUAGCUAUGAGUUAGCUCAAAGCUUUUCCAGUUGCUCAUCUACAGCCGAUGGUAUCCAAAGCAAGUAAAGCACAUGAAUAGAUAUCGAAUUGUCAACUAUUAUUGCUAUGGCCUAUCGUUAACGCCUACCGCUUUUUAGCUGUUGAAAGCUGACGUAGAUUUUGGUGUCAUUUCGCAACGCUUCCCAGUGGGUGGCAUCGAAUUAGUGAAGAUUGUUAACGACAUUCGCCCGCACACAUCCAGCUGAAACAGCAUCACUCCAUUGCUCACCCACGAGAAGAAACACUGUACACACAGAGUAGCCCCCUUCCAUCUCGAGUUAGGCAAGCGACCGUAUUUUUGGUAAAGAAACUAAACAGCGUUAGAUAGGAUUCUUUUCUGCUAUGGUGAGCUCCGUCUGUGUUGCGCUGUGCGAGACCUCGUUGAACGUCUUUCGUAUAUUUUUGCUGCUGCAUAUAUAGAAGUACAUCAUAUAUAUUUAUUUGUUACUAGCUGUGAGUAGAACAAGAUGUCAUCAUCGUCGUACUUGUCGACAACCUUGUUGCACCUUGAUCGCGGACGCGGGGUCGAGGCCGUGUAGGAGGGCGACAAUGGAUCGUUCGAUCAACAGCUCCGGGUUGGUGAUCAACCACAACAGCGGUCCAUCAGUCGAGCAUCAGCGGCCAGCCUUGUUAACGUCUAUUGCGGCUCUGAUCAUCUCAGUAGCGGUGGAGGACCUGAAUUUGGCCUAGGUCACCAACUAAGCGGCCUGUCCAGUAUCGACCGAGAGUUCUCUUUGGCAUCAUCGCUUAGUAUCACUGAUCUAGGCAGCAACAUCAGCCUCCGAGGCAUUGCUUUAGGUGUACCAGAAAAUAUUUCAAGAACUGGGCCUUCGUCAAAUUCGUUGGGCGGUAACAGUGGUGUUGGUACUGUCCCCAUAAUGGAGUUGUUUACGCGACGUAAACCCGCCCUUCCAACUCGGCCUCAGCCGCCGGCCUUCGAACAGAUCGAGGAGGAUCUCACUUGCUCACCAGCAGAUGUCGUAUUUUCGCUGCAGCCUGAUUGUAUCUCGUUUCAGGCAGCACCGGGUCUUCCCCCCCAGCAGACACCGCCAUCCUCGGUAAUGGCUUCAACGAUUAACUCGAACGCAAGUCGUCCAAACGUGUCCAAUGGCCAACUGCCAGGGUCAGGAUUUACUGGAGGUACAAAGGAUAGCGGAGCUAGUUCCGUUGCACAAGGAAAUCUUGGUUUGAGCGACUCUGAGGGUUGUUAUCAACGCGUCAGGCAGUUCAUUGAAAUGAACGACAGGGUGGCCGGCUUUGCAGAGGUGCUUCAGAAAAAGACGGAUCGACUUCAGAGUAUGCGACAAGAAUUGGACACAGAGAUGGAGCGAGUGAAGCGAUCCCUACAGAAUCUACCGUAGAUAUCUUAUACAUACUGUGAAUAUCGCUAGGGGAACCGUGCUAAAUACAAUACCUAUAUUUCUCGUAGCUCAUACUGCGUUCAUCAUAGGGUUCGUCUAGAUAAUUGGCCACCGAUGUAAUGUUUUGUUCCAAACACUAUCCUGCAUUAUACCUCUUGACGUGACACUGUAGAACCAGCAGUUAUAGCAGGGUUCUGCAACACACGCGUAUAUAUAAUACGCUGGAUGUAGUAAUAAUAAUUAUCGCUUAGAUAUAAUACGAGUUAUAGUUAUUAUCGCUUAGCUCUUUUGGGAGGCUGAUGCUCCGAAGCCGAUCCCGUAGAAAUGAGGCUCUCUGACGCCGCCACAAACAAGAGAAAAGCAGCUGACGCUUGUAAAGAGUUAUUAAAGUCCGAGAUGAUGAACUGGAAAUAAAGUAGUCGACGAAACGAUGACGCAAUGCUACAGUGUUCGGUACAAUGAAUGAAAAGCUACGAACAUCGCUAUUGUCUGCGUGGUAAUUUUAUGUUGUUGUACAUUCAGCGCAAUGACCACAAAAGGAACAGUUGAAAACAAUGUAAUGCCAGUGCUAACGUAA